AUGCCUCCUAAGAGAGCCGCACCAGUAGUUGGAACUGCCCAGCGAGUCGCACGUCGGGCCACUCGAUCCGCGUUCCAGGCCUCCAGCGAGGCGGAAAGCCAGAAUGGUGGCGCACCCGCAAAUGGGAACCCCGCAGGUGGACCGAAUGUGGUGAACGCAGCGAUCCUGGAGGAGCUGCGAAGGUACCGGGAAGCCUACGGGGGACAGCUCCCCAACGGUGAAGCUGCAGCAGGGGCUGGAGCCGUCCCGAUACCACCCGCGGUGGACCAGAAUCCGUUACUACCUCCACCGCCCCCACCAGCGGCUCCUGCGGUGGUACCUGCUCAAGGACCUACGUAUUGGGACAUGAUGAGACAUAUGCGAAACAUGCAGAUGGAGUUCUUCAGUGGGAAGGCGGAUGCCAUUCUUGCUGACAACUGGCGACGACAACUGGAGAGAAACUUUGAGUCGGCUCGGUGCCCACCAGAGUUCCGCAGGGACCUAGCAGUCCACCACCUCAAGGAUGAUGCCCUGGUUUGGUGGGAAGGAGUGGUCGAAAGCUCCCACGGGAUACGCAUGACAUAUGAUGACUUCUUGGAGGAGUUCAAUGGGAAGUACUUCCCUUUGGAAGCCAUGGAUCAGAUGGAAAGCAAGUUUCAGGACAUUCGUCAAGGGUCGAGGAAUGUGAGAGAGUAUGGGGAUGAGUUCCACAAGCUCCGAAGAUUUGCUGGGCACUACCUGAACGAUCGGGAGCUGGUCCGUCGGUUCCUGAAGGGUAUGCGGAUUGAGCUCAGGAACAGCUGUAAUGUGCGGGAUUACCGCAACGUCCAUGAACUGAUCGAAAAGGCUGCGGAACAGGAGGCAGGGUUGGAAGAAGAACGGAAACAACACCAAGCCGCCCCGGACACAUCUCGAGAGAUUGUCCGAAUAAAAGACAGGGACGUCCGGGAGCGGGUCCUUGAGUGCGAUGUCACCGUUGUGGGCAAGAAGGACAUGUCGUCAGAGACUGCCGGGCACAGCUGGGAGGAAACGCGGGAGGGGUGCAGCCACAACAGCAGAGAGAGCAGGCUGGGAGACCCCGAGCUUACGCGGCUGAAGGCCGUGAAGGGCCUGAACCGAUCGCGGACUUUUACGGGGAGCUAUAACACCAAGGUCGCGGGGGUCGAAACUGCGGGAAAAGAGAGGAUAACGACUAACUGGAAGUAUGAAGAGGUGUCGGUGGUCCUCGCAGGCAUAAACCUACCCGCGAACCUGCUGGAAUUGGAGCUCGGACGAUACGAAGUGAUUUUGGGGAUGGACUGGCUAGCCCAGCAUGGGGCCAUAGUUGAUUGUGCCAAGACAUGUGUGCGGAUUCCGCUAGACGGGAGGCAGAUCGUGUAUCGAGGGAUGAAGACCAGGACUGGAGUGUCAGUUAUCUCGAUGGUACAAGCCGAGGAGGCAAUCCGGAGGGGUAGUGAGGCCUUUCUGGCCACCAUAGAAAUGGUGGAAGAGACGGAGGCGCCAGAUCUAGGAAAUAUUUCCGUGGCGGCGGAGUAUGCAGACGUGUUCGAACCAUUGCGGGGACCCCCACCCCACCGGAGUAAUGCUUUCACGAUCGAACUAGAACCUGGAACCGCUCCGGUAUCCAAGGCACCCUACCGACUGGCGCCCGCAGAAAUGGCGGAGCUCAAGAAGCAAUUGGAAGAGUUAGUAGAGAAAGGAUGGGAGCCUACGACUUUGCAUAGAUUACCGAGGAUUGAACAAGGUGACCGUCAAGAACAAGUAUCCCCUUCCCCGCAUAGAUAA